AACCCUGGUUAUGAGCUCCAGCAGCGGGUACAGCAGCUUUCAGCGCGCGGUUUACGAGGAGAACGUCGCGUCAGAGCUCCACGACAUGGCCCCGAGGACGUUAGUUUGGAAACUGCAGCGCGGGAGGCAGAAACGAGCGCGGGAACCCGCGACUCCACGCGCGAGCGCGAUUUAAACCCCCUUUCAAAAAAAGUUUCGCUGACACGCGCGUGACGUCAGAUGUAACGGUCGACGCUUCCCGUUCGCUCGCUGUCAGUGUGCGUGUGUUUAACUGUUUGUUUGUUUGUUUGUUUUUAAUCGUUAAAAAUCAGAGGGAAGUGUCGGUUGGCAUGGGGGCCAAACAGAGCAGUCCCGCUGCCAACGGCCGCACACGAGCGUACUCGGGCUCCGAUCUCCCGUCGAGUAACGGCAGGACGGCGGUUAUGGCGAUGCGGUAUCACGCGCACGGCGCCUCAGGUGCUACAUCUUCAUCGUCGUCUUCCUCAACGACGACGACCGCGCACUACACCGGCUCCAGGACGCGUUCCGGUGGCCUGGGCGCGCGACCCCAGUCGAGCAUCACUAUACCGAGCUCGGGAGCGUACAGUCCUCAGGAGUCCGGUAACAGCACACCGGAGGAGACCGAGCGGUCCACCGGCGCUCCGAGACUCGUGAUCGGAUCUUUACCUGCACACCUGUCGCCUCAUCUCUUCGGAGGUAAGAGUUUGAUCUAACGUUAGUUCACCUGA